CAUCCCACACACACACACACUCACGCUUUCUCUCUCUCUUUCUCUCUCUCCUCUCACUCCCUCAAAUGGAACCCAAUGAGAACCAACUGAGCUCCUACUUCCACCAGAACCCCACCAGCACUGCCACCAGCGGGGCCUCACCGACCAAUGGCCUCCUGCCACCUGCUGAGGGCGGCGGGCCCCACGCGGUGUACCCUCACCCGCCCUUCUCUUCCGCGACCACGACGUCGUCUUCGGCGCUGGAAGGGACGGCCAGCGCGAAGCGCAAGCGAGGGAGGCCCAGGAAGUACGGCACGCCCGAGCAGGCCCUGGCCGCUAGGAAGGCCCAGCAAACGACGUCGUCCCACUCCUCCUCUUCCAAGGACAAGAAGGAGCCCACCGCCUCCAAGAAGUCCCUCCUCGCUCCCGGCAAUGCUGGGCAAGGUUUUACGCCACAUGUUAUAAACGUAGCUGCUGGCGAGGAUGUGGGCCAGAAAAUUAUGUUAUUCAUGCAACAAAGUAAGCGUGAAAUAUGCAUUUUGUCUGCAUCUGGUUCAAUCUCUAAUGCUUCUCUCCGACAGCCAGCAACUUCUGGAGGCAACAUUACAUAUGAGGGUCGGUUUGAGAUUAUUUCACUCUCCGGAUCUUAUGUACGUACUGAGCUUGGAGGGAGGACUGGCGGGCUCAGUGUUUGUCUGUCCAGUACAGAUGGCCAAAUUAUUGGCGGAGGUGUUGGUGGACCACUAAAGGCUGCAGGCCCGGUACAGGUUAUUGUUGGUACAUUUCUGUUUGACACCAAGGAGGAUGUCAAUGCGGGUGUAAAAGGUGAUGCUUCUGCCAGCAAAAUGGCAUCACCAGUUGGUGGUGGGGCAUCACUAUCGAACAUAGGCUUCCACUCAGCUGUUGACGCUUCUGGAAGAAAUUCAGUCAGGCUAAAUGAUGAUCAUCAAGCUAUUGGAGGAAGUCAUUUCAUGAUUCAGGGCAUGCAUGUGACAACUUCACGGCCCACUGAUUGGAGGGUUGGUCCUGAUGCUAGAAGUGCUGCUGGUUAUGAAUUGACAGGAAGAACAGGUCGUGGAGCGCAUCAAUCUCCGGAAAAUGGGGACUAUGAUCAACUUCCAGAAUAGGGGGAAUUGCUUUUGGGGUUGGAAGGCACUGUUUUGUGGUAGAUGAUAGAUGUAUGAUAUUUAUGCAUACAGGCACUCUUUUGCUCUGUCAGCUAAUGCUGUUUAUAAUAUGCACACCAUGAAAAUCACAUGCUUGUGCAUUUUGUUUAAAUA